CUCCAUCGUACUCAAUUUCUGCGCACGAGACCGAUCAGGGCAGAAUCAAAUGGGCGUUCAUCUUGGUGGGCCCUCGUCUACCUCUUCUUUGCUCAGCACGACCAUGUCGCUGUUUGGCAGGAGAGGUGUCUCCCAGGAGGAAAGUUUCUUCGCCUAUUUUUGCAUGAAAAAAGCAUCCAAGCCGCCCUCGAUUCACAUCCCAGAAGCAGGACCUGCAUCUCCCGCAACCUCAAGCUCAACGCCUCUUCAAGGACAGCGACACCGCCUCAGCACGAGCACCAGAUCAUCAUCGUUUAUCGACGUAAAUGAUCCUGCAAUGAUGACUGAAGAUCCUGGCGAAUCUGGAGAUGACUCUUCCAUCUCGGACACGGUCCCGAUACCUGGUGAUCCAACGGCGAUUUUGAAACAAACUAUGACCAAAAUGAGAGAACUCUGGAUGGAAGAGGAUGCGACGGCUGCUGAGGAGAACGGAGAUGUAGAGGAUGGAGUGGAAGAGGCUGCGCAAACAAUGGGAGGUGGGAAAAAGGAUCAAAUUUUCCCUAAGAAUGCCGUGGAUGCUUUUGUUAUGAUGGUCACCCUUAUAGAAAGUACGUAGAACAUCAUUAUAGAGCACUUCUCUGAGGCACGCACCGGCUUCGGCCGCCUUAGAUGAGAAGACCUCCAGGGCAGUUGGACGACAGACGGCGCCUAGAAUAAACGGGCCCGAUACUAGAUGGCCAAUUUUUUGCUAGUCCUAGUAAUAUAUACACCUCUUCCUUUUUUCUAUCUUUCCUAGGUAGGUUGGCUACACCACAAAUUAUAGAGACACAAACUCUCAUUGUUUGCUCAGCUCUAUCUAAAACAUCAAGAAAAUAUUAAUAUUAUUAAUUGAUCUCACCUCAAAUAGCUCCUCCACGUGACGCUGCUCAACCUGUACAUCCACUUCAAGAAUAGGGUUAGUAAUGAAGCACGUAAUUAUUAUUAUUAAUUGAUGUUGUUCCUCCAGGACGACGUCCGCCGAGGCCGACCGCCAUGUCGUCACCUUCAUCUAAUCAAAGCAAGCUUUUCUCAGGAAACGUUGCACCUUUGAUCACGAAGACGGUGCAAACUGCAGGUGCUGGCGCCAGACAAACUGCGUCCGCUGUAGCAAGGGAGGCGAGAGAAACACUGGAGGAUGUGCGGAAAAACGUAGAAUCAGGAGAACAAGGUUUCUGGGACACGUACGACGACUUGAGCGAAGUGGGGGAAAAGAUUAUGGUGUUACUGUUGUAGAAGUCGCAGCUUCUAGUAGGCUCUAUAAUCAUAGGUGGAAUUGGAAACUCUAACUCCAUUAUAUUGAUCUCGUCUACUUGUUGUAGUAGAAAAGGUCGUAAUAUACAAAGCAGUGUAGUAGUAAUUGUUGUCCAGCCUACUGCUAUUUCCAGAUCGUCGAGUUCAAUCACGGUUCUUUGUGAGUACACUAACGCGGUUUUCGUCCCCCAGCUCCACGUCCUCGUCUAAUUCACGUGGUAGUCUUUCCGGUAUGCUCGGUAGCUUGGCCAAGAAGGGCGUGAG